ACCCGCACAUACAAGUGUCCUCCUCAUUUUUACCACACACCUCGUUAAUGCAUGGCCUGCAUAAUCCUCGAACUUCUCCACUGACUUCCUCUAAGUGCACUAAACUAUGCUCACUUCCUCCUACAACCCCCGGUGUCAUUGUAUUUAGGGACAGUUUUAUUCUGACUACUUUUGACAAGAUCUUAGACGCUCUUUUGGAUGAUGCACGUGAUCUGAAGCUGAAGGCAGAAGGACAAUGCAGAACAUCAAGUGUGUGGUGGUGGGAGACGGAGCUGUGGGAAAAACCUGCCUGCUGAUUUCCUUCACCACAAACGCCUUUCCCAAAGAAUACGUUCCCACUGUGUUCGACAACUACAGCGCACAAGUGUUAGUGGACUCAAAAACUGUCAGCCUGAACCUGUGGGACACAGCAGGACAGGAGGAGUAUGACCGUUUGCGUACUCUGUCCUAUCCGCAGACCAACAUCUUCAUCAUCUGUUUCAGCGUCACCAGUCCUUCAUCUUUUGAGAAUGUCAAGCUGAAGUGGCAUCCCGAGGUGUUCGAACACUGCCCGAAUGUGCCCAUCCUUCUAGUGGGCACUAAGAAGGACCUGAGGGACGAUCCGGAGGAGCUGAAGAAGCUGAAGGAGAAGAGUCUGUCGGUGGUGUCCCAGCAGCAGGGGACGACGCUGGCCAGACAAAUACAGGCCCGGAAAUACAUGGAGUGUUCAGCGCUCAGCCAGGACGGGGUGAAAGAGGUCUUCACAGAAGCGGCUCGGAUUUUCCUUCAUCCCAAACAACCGUCCUCCAAGAAAUCAUGCGUGCUGCUGUAAAACUGACAGGAAGUACAGUCAAAAUGAUUAGCCCUUUUCAAAUAUUUCCUAAAUGAUGUUUAACAGAGUAAGGAAUUUUUCACAGUAAUUCCUAUAAUAUUUUUUCUUCUGGAGAAAGUCUUAUUUGUUUUAUUUCAGCUAGGAUGAAAGCAGUUAAGGUCAAUAUUAUUAAUAGCCCACUUAAGCAAUAUUUUUUUUUGAUUGCCUACAGAACAAACCAUCAUAAUAUAAAGAUUUGCCUAAUUUACACCUACCUAACUUUAGUAACAGGUCUUGACCCUAGUGAGCUACUAUCAAAAAUUAGGUAUCAUUGGAAAGAAGACAGCUUUAUGGUCUAUCUAGAAAGUUUCAUGAUACAAAAUAUGAAAGGUUAUUCAUUAUGAAUAAUGAGAAAGAAAAAUUGUACUGUGUUCAUUUUUUUUUCAUAUAGUUACUGUAAAGUUUAUUGAGCUCUUUUUGGAGAGGGGUCUAGCUGCAGACUCGGUGCAGAUGCAAGCUGCUUCCAAUGCUUUUUAAUGCACUCACCUAACCCCACCCCUAACCCUACCCAUCACAGUGACAUCACUAGCUCCACCGAGUGCAAUUUGUCUGACACUGCAUCUCUGGGCGAUGCAAUCUCAGCUUGCAUCAUAAAGGCUGCAUCAACAUACUAUACUAUUGCCUUUUGGGGCGAUUUGUUCUGCAGCGUAAUGGACUUACAACACAUACAGUGCUCAGCAUAACCGAGUACACCCCAUUUUGAAAAUUAAUGUUUUUAUCCAUUUCUUAGUGAAUAUAGGCAAUGUAUUUUGGUGUAUUUAAACAAAACAGGUUUAUUAAUAAUAUAUAUUUAUUUAAAUAAAGUUUUAGU